AUGACAAGUCUUGUCUAUUUUCUCUUUACUAUCGGCGCUGUCGCGGCUCCCUGGCCAUCUACGGUCAGACCAGCGCUGUCGAUGCGCAAUAUCACCCGCAUGACAAUAGACAUGCAAGGCAGGGCUCUCUCUGGACCGCAAAUUGGUGGUGUAAAUUUUCCUGACCCAACUCUGAUUUGGGGCGACGGCUCCUGGAAGGCAAUGAGCACCUCGUCGGAUGGGAAAGGUGUGCCUAUUGCGACUUCAGAAGAUUCUUUUGACUGGAAUUUGACACCAAAUGAUGCGCUGCCUGACAAAGGCCCCUGGGUUGAUCCUAAUGACCAGUCUGAUGCUGGAGUUUAUGUCAUGUACUAUGCUGCUCGUAGGUAUAGCGGAAGCCACUGCAUUGGCGCCGCCACCUCUAAUACCGUCAUGGGUCCCUAUACACCUCAAAAUCAACCUUUGGUCUGCGACGAUACCAACGGGGGUGUUAUUGACCCAUCCGGGUAUGAUGAUGGGAACGAUCGGUGGCUGGUGUGGAAAGUGGACGGCAACAGCAAGGGUGGCGCAACAACCUGCCAGCCCGGAAUUCCUAGUGGCGAUUACAUUCCUACACCCAUCAAAAUUCAGAGAAUGACUCGUGAUGGGCUAACACUGCUCGACGCUCCAAAGACCAUACUGGAAAACGAGGGCCGCAGCAAUGACGGGGUCGUCGAAGCAGCCAGCCUGUACAAGGUCCCCGGUGGUGACUUUGUUGUGUUUUACAGCGCACACUGCUUCUCUAGCGACGAUUACGACAUCUAUGCCGAUCAUAUCGGAAUCUAUGGGCCAGGUCACUGCGACAUUGACCCGAAUGGUGUCAAUAUGGUUUUUCAUGGCCGUGAGAAUCCCAACGAUGGCCAGGCUGCUCGUGUUCUCUGUAGCGCAACUUUGCACUUUGAUGGGCGCAAUAUUCAACCUUAUUAG